UAUCUUUCUUAGCUUCCUUGUCUCUGUCCAAUUCUAGUCUCUUGGAACUCAUCCACUCACAGUUAAAAGCCAAUAUUUCUCUUCAUUUCCCUCCUCAAUUCUCUUCAACAUUUCCCUUUGAUCACUUUUUUUUUUUUUUUGUUUCUUCUCUUCAAAGAAACCCAAACAAAGAAAACCCAAUUUCCCUCUAUUUUCUAUCAGUUUGAUUAUCCAAAGAAUCUCCUUUCAUUUUUUCUUCCACAACUUGGCCUUUUACUUUCUCCACCACCUUUCAGUAGUUUUUUCUUCUUUUUUUUUUUCACUUUAUUGCUUUGUUUUUAGUAUAAAUUCAAAGUUCCAAGCUUGGUUUGUUCUCAAUUCUCCAAGAAUUCUACUCGUUAUAAAUAAAUAAAGCACCCAGAUUUUCCUGUCUUGUUGUUCUUUUUCUAGAUUCUCUUGAUUCUUUAAAAGUUUGUAUUUUUAGAUUCUUCAGUUUAUGCUGUUGAAAAAAAGAUUGAUUCUUGAUUCCCAGAAUUUGUCUAGCAUGGAAACUUUGCAUGCAACUUCUUUCAUGUCGAAUUUGGAUUGGUUUGAUCAAGAGAGCAACAACACAUAUUGGACAAAGGAGGAGAACAAAAGGUUUGAGAGUGCUUUAGCCAUAUAUGGUGAAGAUGUUCCUGAUAGAUGGAUGAAAGUAGCAGCAAUGAUACCUGGAAAAACUGUUUUGGAUGUGAUUAAACAGUAUAGGGAAUUGGAAGAAGAUGUUUUUGAUAUAGAAGCAGGGCGAGUUCCGAUUCCAGGUUAUCUUAGAUCAUCUUUUACAUUAGAAUUGGUUGAUAAUCGUGAUUUUGAUGCCUAUAGGAAGAGGUCUACUGGGGCUAGAGGUCAUGAUCAGGAGAGGAAGAAAGGGGUGCCAUGGACAGAAGAAGAACACAGGCGCUUUCUGAUGGGACUUAUGAAGUAUGGUAAAGGGGAUUGGAGAAAUAUCUCCCGAAAUUUUGUGGUUACCAAGACUCCAACUCAGGUUGCAAGCCAUGCUCAAAAAUACUAUCAGAGGCAGCUUUCAGGAGGGAAAGAUAAGAGGAGACCAAGCAUUCACGAUAUUACAACUGUCAAUCUCACCAACACUGGUUUUUCAGACAAUCAUAAGCCUCCUUCAGUAAAUCAGUCUACUGUUCUUGCAUUGCAGCAAAAGCUGGCUAGCAUGCAAAAAGUCAGCCAAAAUUGGAAUCACCCAAAUGAUGGAUCAGCUUUGGCUUUCAAUUCAACUCAUGGGAAUUGGUUUACAUCAUCUCAAUACCAGACUGCUUCAAAUGGCAUGAGACUUCAGGAGCAAAAUCUGCUAAAGCCUUGUUGGAUGAUUAGGACACUUUGCCCAUAGCUGAAGGCCAAGAAUCACAAGACAUUGGCAUUACGGGAUGUGUACGAGGCAAGAUCAAUGAUUUGUUACUGAGAUAUGAGAAAUUUGCUGCAGUUGUCAUGGAGUGAUCCAAAAGAACCUUUUGCUACUUUUGCAACUAUAAUAGUUUUUGUAAUGGUUUCUGCCAUGUCAUUUGGUGAUGUGGCCUAAUUGGCUGACUCAUUUGGCACUGCUUUGGAAAUUCUCAAAAUCUGAUUGCUUACUUUCUCUUGGAUCCCUUCUGCCAUUUUCACCUUUAUUGAUCCAAUAUGGCCAAGUUGACCAAGCUUGAUUGCCAUCACUUAGUCGAAGCUGAGUAUGCAUUCCACUUAAUUAAGCAUCACAUGCUUCAACCUGCUAUAGAAUAUAGAAAGAUGCAAUGUGGUUUACAUUUUUAUUUUUCUCUGAUCAUCUUUAUUUUGGUCCAAUCCAAUUUUGCCCUUUUCUUUGAUAUUUCUCUUUCAGCCAACCCAAUUGUAAUGGUGGCAAGACUGAUUCAUUAGCAUAACAGCUUCUUUUACAGGUCUCUGGAGGCAUCACUCCUUUUUGUGGUUCAUAUGUUUACUUGAGAACCAAAAAAGGAAUCUAACUGUUCAUGUAUUUUUGGCCUGCUAUAACCAUGUUGAAAGGAAGCGAAAAUCUAGCUUUGAAAUUAGGCAGAUCAACUGCCAACUUUCUCUUUUACCUUCAGAGAAUAUGUUUCUUUUUUUCUUUUUUUUUUCUUAUGGGAACAGGAAAGAAUAUGAUUUUACUUUUUUUUUUCCACAUGUUCCUAAAAUCCUUCUGAGAUUCUUCCUUAUU